GGGGUGUCGUUGGGGACACCAAAAUGCUGGAACAUUGACCAAAUCCAAGAAAAGCAGGCUGUUUUAUUCACUGACCAGCUUCUCUCUCCCCCUCGCUCCUCCACCCACGUCAGGAGGAGAAGGACAGAAGUGUGGAAGGGCCCAUGGAACAGAGCCAGGACAGUAGAAUGGGACCUCCCUGGAGCCAGGAGGGUUCUCCAGAAGAAGGGCUUCCCACUGAAUGGAGCAGACAGUGGACAAGAGGCAGACGGGUGUUGAUAGCGAUCCUGCUCGGUGGCCUGGUCCUCGGUUCCUCUGUGCUCUGGGUGUACAUCUUCCGGAAUUGUGGUCCUCGCCAUUGUGAGACGCCAGUGUGUUUGGACCUCCUGGCCCGUUACCUGGCCUCUGGAAACAGCAGUGUAGACCCCUGCACUGACUUCUUCCGCUUUGUCUGUGAAAAGGGCAAUGGGACCAGUGACUCUUUUCAGACUCUUUCAGAAGAGAACAAGAGCCAGCUGUGGAGACUAUUGGAGACCCCAGGGUCUUGGCACCUAGGAUCUGGGGAGGAGAAAGCCUUCCAAUUUUAUAACUCCUGUAUGGACACAGAUGCCAUUGAAGCUGAAGGAGUAGGUCCCCUCCAACAAAUUAUUGAAGAGCUUGGAGGCUGGCACAUCUCAGGCAACUGGACUUCCUUAGACUUUAACCGAACUCUGAGGCUUCUGAUGAGUCAGUACGGCCACUUCCCAUUCUUCAGGGCCCAUCUGCAACCUCAUCCGAGCCCUCCACACACACCAGUUAUCCAGAUAGACCAGCCGGAGUUUGACAUUCUUCUCCAGAAAGAGCAGGAACAGAAAAUCUAUGCGCAGAUCCUGCGGGAACAGCUGACUUACCUGAAUCGCCUGGGAACUUUGCUGGGAGGAGAUGCCCAGAAAGUGCAACAGCAUGCUGCCUGGUUCAUCUCCUUUACUUCACGCCUCUUCCAGUUUCUGAGGCCGCUAGAGCAGCAGCAGGCCCAAGACAAGCUCUUCCAAGUGGUCACUAUCGGUGAACUGCAGGAAAUGGCCCCUGCCAUCGACUGGCUGUCCUGCUUACAAGCCAUAUUCACACCGAUGUCUUUGAGUCCCGCCCAGACCCUUGUCGUCCGUGACCUAGACUACUUGAGAAACAUGUCACAACUGGUAGAAGAGGAGCUGCUGGCAAACAGGGACCUGAUACAGAGCUACAUGAUCUUGGGGCUGGUAGAUACCCUUUCCCCAGCCCUGGACAGUAAAUUCAGGGAAGCACGCAGAGAACUGAGACAGAAACUAUGGGAACUGAAAGAGCGACCACCCCUGCCAGCCUCCCCACGAUGGAUGAAGUGUGUGGAAGAAACAGGCAAAUUCUUUGAGCCUACCCUGGCAGCUCUGUUUGUUCGGGAAGCCUUUGGCCCCAGCAUCCGAAGCGCUGCCAUGGAAUUAUUUGCUGAGAUCAAGGAUGCUGUCAUCCUACGCCUCAAAAAACUUUCCUGGAUAAGUGAGAAGACCCUGAAUGAGGCCCUGAACAAGCUCACCAAGCUGCAGGUGGAGAUGGGGGCCCCCAAACGGGCCUUGAAGCCAGAUCUGGCCAAAGAGGAAUAUAAUGAUAUACAACUUGGUCCCAGUUUCCUUCAGUCUUUCCUGAGCUGUGAACGAUCCCUCCAGGGCAGGAAAGUUCGGCACUUCUUGCAGCCUUUUGCCCACCACAGAUGGACGGAAUCUCCCUGGGGAGUCAAGGCCUACUAUUCAGUAUCUGACCACGUGGUGGUCUUCCCAGCUGGCCUUCUCCAGCCUCCAUUCUUCCACCCUGGCUACCCCAGAGCCGUGAACUUUGGCGCUGCUGGCAGCAUCAUGGCCCAUAAGCUGUUGCAUAUCUUCUAUCAGCUCUUACUCCCUGGGGGCUGCCCAGCCUGUGACACCCAUGUCCUACAGGAAGCACUUCUAUGCCUGGAGCACCAUUAUGCUGCCUUCCCCUUACCCAAUAUGUCAUCCUUCAAUGGUUCUCACACACUCCUGGAAAAUGCUGGAGAUGUAGGAGGCCUGGCCAUUGCAUUUCAGGCAUACAGCAAGAGGAUAGUAGAGCACCAUGGGGAGAUGACCCUGCCCAACCAGGACCUCAGCCCUUAUCAGCUCUUCUUCCGCAGCUAUGCCCAGGUGAUGUGUAGGGAGCUGAGCUCAGAAGACCCUCAGGACACUCACAGCCCUCCCAGCCUUCGAAUCCAUGGACCCCUCAGCAACACCCCAGCCUUUGCCAAACAUUUUUAUUGUCCACAUGGUACCCUUCUGAACCCCUCUGCCCACUGCAAACUCUGGUAACUUGACUGCCAAAGAGACUGAGAUGUACAUGCAUGGCAUACACCUGGCCCCAUCCUUCAAGUCAGAACAAAUGCCUUUCUUUUUUGUUGUUGUUCUAAAAUUAAAAGCGUGUAUUUAGCUUU